GUCAUAUGACCAGACCGGGUCCAUUUCCUGGUACAGUCGGUAGCUGCAGUCUGGGUUCACCUGCAAGCGUCUCAAGCUCAAGUCGGCUACUCGCUGUGGUCAAGAACAACAAACCAUCCGGCCAACAUGAUCCACCGUGCAGUACUCUUCCUGGCCCUCGGACUAGGCACCCAGUUGACCAGUGCGACUGAGGUGUUGGUGAACAACACUGAAGGCAAGCUCUGUCUGUAUGCAAACCUGAAGGUGAACUUCUCCGUCGCCUACGAGGCCAUCGGAGACAAGAACGCCACGGCGGUGUUCUCCCUCCCUGACGCCGUGCUCACCAACGGGAGCUCCUGUGCCAACAGCAGCUCCACCCUGCGUCUCAGCUUCGGCCAGGGACACUCCUGGACCAUGACCUUCAGCAAGGGAGCGCAGAACUACCAGGCCGACUCCGUCACCGUCGACCUCAACCUCGCCGACGCGGCCGUCUUCCCCAACGCCACGUCAAACGAGACGAUGAGUGUGACCGUGAACGUGAACGCCACGAACCUGUCGAAGGCCGUCCUCGGAACCUGCUACUCCUGCAACAGCCAGGACGUGAUCCGGGAGGGCGGCGUGAGCCAGACCCUGUGGAGCGUUCUCAUCCAGGCGUUUGUGGCCAACGGCAGCAAGAGCCAAGAAAUUACGUCAUGCGCCGCUGAUGUGCCGAUCACGCCCAGUCCCGCCCCCACCAACACCUCCACCGCAGCACCCACCACCGCCGCAGCACCCACCACCGCCAUCCCGACCCCCAUGCUCCCAACACCCACGACCGGGAAGUACCAUGUCACCACGGGGGUCAACAGCACGGCUUGUCUCAUGGCCGACUUCGGCCUGAGCAUCGGAUUCAAGAUUCAAGGACAGCUCCAGAAGAUGAACCUGGAGCCCAACGGGACGAACGCCUCGGGGACCUGCGGCGUGAACAGCAGCCAGCUGGUGCUGAGCAACCCCACCGCCACUCUGGUGUUCACCUUCGUCAACGAGACGGCCAAGUUCCACCUGCACGCCGUCACCGUCAACAUCACGACCGGCUCAGGGCAACAGUUCUAUAGCGAGAACACUAACCUGAGUCUGUGGGUGGCGUCGGUGGGCAGCUCCUACAUGUGCAACAAGGAGCAGAGCUACAACAUCAGCGAGUCCCUCGCCCUCCACACCUUCGACCUGCAUGUGCAGCCCUUCGCCGUCGCCAGCGGGAAAUUCAGCACGGCUCAUGAAUGUUCAAUGGAUGACACCACUGCCUUAAUUCCAAUCAUUGUUGGCUGUGCACUGACUGGCUUGAUUCUCAUUGUAGUGGUUGCCUAUAUCAUUGGUCGAAGGAAGACUUAUGUUGGAUACCAGACUCUCUAGAGCGGGUCCUACGUUAAUCCUUCAUCGUUUUUACGGGGCUUUCAAGUUUGGUCUUUUUGGAUUAUUUGGGAAUAUUAAUUGUUCAGUUAUAUUGGAUAUUAACUGCAUUACAUGCUGAUGGUAGCAACUUUUCAAGCUGAUUUGGGAUUUAUGUUUCAGUCAGAACACGACUCAGUGUUUCUCCAGAAAAUUGAAUAAUCGGAUUAUUCUGAAUAUCGCUUGAUGUUAAGCACUAAAAAAAUAAUUUGUAAAAAUGUUAUAUUUUAGUAUUAUCCUUGUAUUAUUAUUUCAAAACCAAAAAAGGAAAUAAUUCCUGAGGCCCAAACUUUCCACCCCAUUGUUUUUGUCGCUUCAUUGUUGUUCAUUCUGUUGUCUGGUUGGUCCUUUUUCCUUUUUGUUUUGUUUUUUAUUUGACUUUUAUUGGUUGUACAUGACUGCAAGAUACAGUGCCCUGCUUUUUAAAAACGUCACUCAAAUUGGAAAAGAUAAAUCAGAUAAUUUAGUUAGCAAUAAAUAGUCUCAAAGGUUUUCUCCGCCAUGCACGAUUAGAUGACACGUUUGACCCCUCCCCCUUGAAUUACUUAAAUCUCAUACGUAGAAAAGGACUCAUUGACAUUCCCUCGAUUCGGCAAUUUCUAAUUCAAUAUUAAACCAUAUUUUGUCUCUUAAAUCCCACAUUUGAGUUAUUAUUUAGCUUUCUUCAGUUUUUGAGUUAUGUUGCCUCCAAUCGUAUUAAUGUUGCGGAUCCAUGUUGACAACAUGUAAAGUCGUUUCCUUGUCAUGGAAACUCAAAUCUUACAGAAACCCAUCUCGCCUUCUUUGCACUUUGUUUAAAGAAUGUCCACCGCUGACAUCCUUGUGAGUUCCUCCUGUGGAUCAGGGGAACAGAUUGAGACGGCUCCUCCGACGACCACGCCUUUUUGAAAAAUUUAGAUAAUUGUCAGGUCACGAAUCUCCUUCUGUACAAACAAAUAUUCCACCCAUCCAAAACGUUGUGUAGCGCCAGUCUCAAAGGUCACAUAGUUCCUCAUCCACGGAUAGGCUCUGUGGGCAUUAUGUUUGGUAAAGGGAUCGCUCUCUGGCUGAAGAGGGCUUCAUGUCAAUGCACUUAGGCCUUCUCCACAUGUUUGACAUGCCUGUUGAAAUGUAUGCUGCAUAGUCACCCGUGUUGUAGUAUAGGUUAAUCGUUAUGAAUGCUGGAAAUAAACUUGUGCUGGUCGCACAAUUCAGUGCCCUGAAGCCUGUCCAUGUGUGUGUUUUGUGUGUCCGUCUCCGCUGUACCAGUUUGUAGACACUGUGUACCUGUGUGUACUAGUUUAACAGCCCUCUAGUCCUUCACUACAGCACUACAACCGCAUUAGAAAUGACUUUUGAUUUGAUAUAUUUUUAGGUUGCUUGCGAUCAAACCAUUAAACAUGCAUGAAUCAGUGUAUUAAUAGAUUUUGAUUUGCUUCUCAUUUUGUUAUGGUCACUUUGGUCAACGCUUGCCUGCUUUUUAAGGCGUUUGCUGCCCUAACCAAAGUAGGGGAGGGAUUUGCAGCACCACUCUACUAGUUAGUGUGCUGAAAACCAACCCACUCAAACUAUCGUCUCUUCUAGAGGUCGAAUGACCGGAAAGUUGUCUCACUUUGAGCCAUGCUCAGAGAUGGUUCGGUGCGGCUCUUUCGUUUGGGGUUUCAUUUAGCAAAGGGAUCUAGUGCUGCAAAUCCCAACCCACUCACAAAUCGCUCGUCUACAAAUGAUUGCUGACGUCGUUUUCAUUCUUUUAGGCUUUUAUCUGUGAUAAAUCGGAUGGAAAAUCUUGGUGUCAUUAUGAGUGCAUCUUUUUUGUUUUUCUAAAUCAAAAGUAUGGAAAUAAAGUAUGUUCUUUGUCCCGGA